GAUCAAUACCAGAAUAUGACGGAAAUAGAAAUAAAACAGACCAAUGGAUAAGACAAGUAGAACAAUGGUUAACAGGAUAUGGAUUACCAAAAGGAAAUGAACCUAUGCAAAUGGCAGACGGAACAGCAGCACAAAAUCCAUUAGUAAGAGUAAAUAAUGAAGCGGAACCAGGAAUACAAUGGGGAAUAGUCAGACUAAAAAGGAAUUCGGCAAAUGAUAUAGAUAUAAGUAAUUUUGCAGUAAAUCCAGAAAGAGAUGGAAGCGAACUCAUUUUAGCAACAGUAGGAGGAAAUCCUUUGGGUUUAACAAGACAAGCGGGGAGAGUUGGAAGAUUAAAUGCGACAUUUGAUGGACCAGCGAAUGAUUGUUUAAGAGCAAAAAGAAUAAUAGAAAUUAUAGCAACAAGAUUUUCAGGAGAAGUGAAAAUAGCUUGGGAAGAUACUCGAGGAGAUGCAAGGCCUAGAACAUGGGAAGAUCAUAGAUUUAUUGGAGAAGCAGGAUUGAUACCAGCAGCAAUAGGAUUAAAAUCAUGGAUAACUAAUAAUUUCUUAAGCAUAGUAAAUCCAGAAUUAAACUACGCCAAAUUCAUGAACAUAAAAAUGACAUCAGAAUUUGAAACAAUACAAGAAUAUAAUGUAUACUUCAAUAAUCUACAGCGAUUAGCAAAACAAGAAAAUAUGGAAAGAAGAAAUUUAAUUGGACAUUACCUAAGAUCAUUACCAUCAUGGGUAGAAACCAAAUGUAGAAAUUGGUUAGCUACAGAAGAAGCACAAGGAAAAUUCCCAGAAUUAAGAGGAAAUAUAGGAUCAAUUCAAUCGUUUUGCAUUGUAAUUUAUUCACAAAUAGAAAGACGGAAUGGAGAAUUAGGAAUGAGGCUUAAUCAGAAAAGAAAUUACGGAAGAAAAAUUCAAGAAUUAAACGAAGAAGAAAAUGACGAUUACAGCGAAGAAAUCGAAGAAUUACAAGAAAGAAUAGAAGCAUUAAGAAUGAAAGCAACAAUAUUUAAAAACCCAAAAUCUAACAGGGAUACAAUGUCAGGAGAAAUUAUUGAUGGAAAGACGGAAACAUUUUCAUGGCAAAAUAAAGAGUCAAAAAGAUCAAGAGGAUCAUUUAGAGGAAAAUCAAAAGGAAAAAUUUUAGAGGAAGAACCAACUUCAGAGGAAAUAAUAAUAGAACAAGAAAUUCAGGAACAAGGAU